AUGUUGGGCUCUGGUUUUCUCGAGUUCAAGCUUAACUACGCGCAAAUCCAUCACUUCGGCAUUGGGGACGUCGUCAGCUCCGAGAACUUCUCCGCCGGGGGUUACCUGUGGAGGAUUAACUGCUACCCGCGUGGGGACAAGGUAGAUGGAGACAACGAGCAUUUAUCUAUCUACCUACAGCUGCUGACCAAAUCCAAGAACGUCAGAGUCAGAGCCAUCUUCGAUGCUUCCAUGGUGUGCAGAGAUGGCACGCUGUCUUCUUCAGAUGCGCUCAGGUCCGUGGAGGUUUACCCACCCAGGGGCGGCAUCGAGCUGGGGUGGAAACGCUUUGUGAAGCGAAGUCAUCUCGAGUUGCUCUAUGUGAUGAAUGGCAGGGUCACAAUCUUGUGCGGGGUCAUAGUCAUUGACAGCACCUUGCCUGUGCCGCCACCGCCCGACUUAGCAAGCCAUCUGGGCCACCUACUGGAUUCCACUUUGGGGACAGAUGUGUAUUUCAUCGUCGGCGGUGAGGUGUUCCCUGCUCACCGUGCCGUGCUCGCAGCCCGAUCACCGGUCUUCAACGCAGAGCUCUUUGGCGCCAUGGCAGACGCCACAAUGCCAUCCAUCACGCUGCACGACAUCGAGCCUGCUGCAUUCAAAGUUAUGCUCCAGUUCAUUUACACCGAUGCCUUGCCUUCGGAUGAUGAGCUUGGAGACCCUCUCGCUGAGAUCAUGAUGAUACAUUUGCUUGUCGCGGCUGACCGAUUUGCACUGGACCGUCUCAAGGUUAUAUGUGAACUCAAGCUAUGUGAGAAUGUCUCAGCGGAAACGGCUGCUUCUAUUUUAGUUUGCGCUGAGACAUACGGCUGUCCGGAGUUGAAGAGAAAGUGCAUGGACUUCUUUGCUGUGAAGACAAAUUUCAGGAAGGCAGUGGUCACAGAUGGUUUUGUCAUGCUGUUGCAGAAAUUCCCAACACUUGCUGCUGAUCUGGCAAUGACAGUGGGGCUAUAG